AAAACAUGAUAAUUAUUGUGCAUAUAAUGGUUAGAAUUAGAGGUCUUGGUCGGGCUUUAGGCCGAGCAAUAGGAAAAGCCUCGGGGAGGAGAGACGUGAGUGACGAUGAUGAUGUCCCCCAGCGGUGAAGGCCUACUGCAUCAGCUCGUAGAAAACGACAAGAGCGUGUUGUCGAGGACUUUCCUACGGUCGCGAAGGAAUUGAACGAAGAGCAGCCAAAAGCACUUGUUGAAGAAGCUGUUAUUGAUGUUGAGGGUUUUCCAGGAAUGUCCUGAGCUGAAGCUAUCUUCCCAUGGAAGGAAGAUGGCUAAGUUCGGGAGGGCUACUCCAGAGAUUGAAGGCCUUGUGGUGGCCAGUGGACUAAGUCCUUUGAUCAUGUGUUCCCUAGAUACAGGCGAUCGAAGACUAAUGUCUACUUUUGUGGAAUACUGGCAUAAGGAAACUAGUCGUUUCCAUUUGCCCGUCGGAGAGGUGACUAUCACCUUGGAUGACGUCACGUCAUUGCUACAUCUGCCUAUUAUAGGGGUGCUCCACAGCUUUGAGCUACUUCAUGUUGACGAUGUCGUUGAUAUGUUGGUGGAAUUACUCGAGGUUAGCAUUGCAGAAGCGAGAGUUGAGAAGAUUCAGUGUCAUGGCUCUUAUGUUCGACUAUCGUGGUUGCACGAUGUGUAUCAGAUGAAGAUCUAGGCAUGUGACUGGAUUGUAGCAGCGCGAGCGUAUUUGUUGCCUUUGCUUGGAUGCACACUCUUUGCUAACAAGAGUGUCACCCACGUGCACAUGGUAUUAUUGGAUGCACUAUGUGACUUAACGUAGAGUGGGGGUUAUGCUUGGGGCGUUGCUGCACUUGUGCACAUGUAUGAUAAUUUAAAUGAUGCGUCGAAGACCACGGCGAGGCAGCUUGCAAGAUAUGUCACUCUAUUA